AUGUCCGUUCUGAAAGAAAAGAAAGCCGUCGCAGCAUCUCUCUUCGCCUUCAUCUACAUCGCCGUAUUUAUCAGGGUCCUCCUGAACGACUACUUACCGGACGUUCCACAAGAUCAAGGUGGUUUGAAUGUCGAUCAAGCUUGGAGUGAUCUGCACAAGAUAUCUACUCGACCUCACCCCUACAACUCUCAUGAGAACGACGCGGUGCGCUCGUACAUCCUUUCUCGCCUUAACGAUGUGGCCGCCAACUCCGCCCACGUUCAUGUUAUCGACGAUCUUACGACGAAUGUCUCAUUCGUCGACCCACCAGCAUCCGCUUACUUUGAAGGCAGGAACAUCCUCGUUAAAGUCGAAGGAUCCGACCCAGCCUACUCCGAGACCGGUGGUGUUCUCUUCUCCGCCCAUUUUGAUUCAGUCUCGACGUCAGUUGGAGCCACAGACGACGGCAUGGGCACGGUAACCUGCAUGCAACUCGUUGAGUACUUCGCGAACCACCGCCCACGACGAACGGCGAUAUUUAAUAUCAACAACGGAGAGGAAGAUGGACUCAACGGCGCUCACGCAUUCCUCAACCAUCCUUGGUCAAAAAUCCCGGAUACCUUCCUCAACUUCGAAGGCAGCGGCACUGGCGGGCGACCGGUUUUCUUUCGAGCUACUUCAAUGGCGCCUAUGCUCUCCGCCAUAUCGGGACGCGUCAGCCGCCCACAUGCGAAUGUCCUGUCCGGUGACGCUUUUAGACAGGGCGUGAUCCGCUCUCGAACCGACUUCAGCGUGUAUCAGGACGGGGGACGGUACGAGGGACUCGAUUUGGCGUUCUACAAACGCCGGUGCUACUACCACACCAAGUACGACUCGAUUCCUUUCCUCACCGGAGGCAAGAAAUCCCUUUGGUCGAUGCUUGAAGUUGCUCGCGGUUCAGCAGGCCCACUACUCAACAAAGAUGAGCUACAUACGGAUAGAUUGAAGGUGCCAGUUGUGUUCUUCGAUUUGUUCUCAAGACACCUCGUCGUCUUCUCAAUGGAGAACCUAAUGACGUUCAACGUCGUCGUGCUUGUCGCUCACCCACUCGUUCUAUUCUACCUAUCUGUCUACUUCCGUCACCCUUCCGAAUCCUCCAACAACCCUAGGAGUGGCUCACUUCUUCGGCCUUUCCUCCACGGUGGCCAGUAUUUAUACAGAUCGGCGACGGCGAGUGCAACGACGUUCUUCUUGUCGGCUUUAGUUGCGUUCUUCGUGCUCGAAGCUGCGCUCGUAUGGUGCUUCGUUCAGUUCAAUCCAUUUAUAAUCUACUCCUCGCCAUAUCUCGUCCUGUUCACCUUCGUAGAUCUGGGUUUCCUCUCGACCCAACUCGUCGGCGCGGCCGCACGGUCCCCCCUCCUCAUCAAGUUCUCACAUCCUCGGUCUAUGCCAAAAGAAGGAGAUCUGUUGGCUCGGCUGUACGUCUUCACCUGGAUCCUCACACUCAUCGGCACCGUCCUCCUUCACAAGCUUCAGCUGGGGGGUGUCUACUUCCUGACAGUGUCGAACGUCUCAACCUCCUUCGCCACAUUCAUCAGCUCGGUUACGAGGGCUAGACCGGCUGACAAACAUGUGGCGCGCCAAGGAGAUCAGUUCGCUACUAAAGAAGCAUCGCCUUCUAUGUGGCGUAGCGAUCGAUCCGCGCCCAGCUUGUGCGAGCAGAAUGAGAAAGUGGGAUGGUCAUGGGUCGCACAGAUCAUCCUGGCGGUCGUACCUUCAGUGGUGUUGAUUUUCCAUAUCGCAGUGUUGGUGUUGGACGGGAUGGCACAGACACUUCCAGAUGGUGGGAAUCCUACUCUGGUAUAUACCGCCGUAGCCCUUCUUUCGGUCCUCCUUACUGUGCCGACGAUACCAUGGACGCUCUCGGUCCACCGUUUCGCCAAUUAUGCCGUGUUUUUGGCCUUCAUGGCUGCGACGACCUACACCCUAGCCGCGUUCCCGUUUUCACCUGAAACGCCUUUGAAGGUCUUCUUUCAGCAGUCGUUAACCCUUGAUGGUGGAUGGCAUGUCGGAGAUCGAUCGUCCGGCUUGAACAGCCCCAGCCCUUCUCCCAUACUCGCGCUCCAUGACCCAGGUGCUGGUGGUGUGAAGGUCCUUACCACUCUAGUCGGCACACCCCAUUAUCUACAACACGCAGUAAUUCCUGCUAUACCCUCUUCGGUCGACACCCUUGUUUCCUGCGUCGACACGCCACAUCGCUCAGGAACCGUGAUGUGCAAAUGGGAAAGCGGUCUUACUCCAUACCCAGAUGGGACGAGAACACGCGCCAACCCAGCUCUUUCUCUGCUCAACUUCUUUGCGUCGAAGCAACGGAAGGAAGGCACGGACCCGGAUCUGAUGUUGAACCCAAACCCAAACGACUGGAUAGACGCCUCCAUUGUGCGCACGGGGCCCACUUCGGCGCGAUUCUCCGUGCGAGGAACCAAUACGAGGAACUGCCGUUUGUACUUCGAUACCAGAGCGCUCGUCGCAUAUCAGGUCCACGGAGCGGAUGACGUGGUCGUUCCAACACCCGGAUACGAAAUACCUCCGCAGGGGGUCCAUGAGCUGCGGCUGUUCAGUCGUACGUGGGACCGAACGUUUGUCGUGGACGUGGAGUGGAAGCGAGAGGAACACGGACUCAGCGGGGAUCGAGAUAACGCCGCUGGAGAUGACGUCGUGGCCGGUCGAAUCGCCUGUGAGUGGUCUGAGUACGCAAGCGGGAGAGUGGGUACUGCUCAUGAAAAUAUGCCUGGCUCGGUCAUUCCAGCCUACGAGGAGAUUUUGAACUUUGCCCCGAGGUGGGUCUCGGUGUCGAAGCUGUACCAUGGUCUCCUGGAGGUCUCAGGCGAAUUUUCGAUUAACUAA